CGAAUUCUGAGGUUGGUCGUCGGUUCCACUUCCAUCCUCCACGUCCUCCUCCCACUCCAUUUCAGGUUUUUAUUUAUUUAGUUUUUCCUCAACUUUCUGAGUUCCAUCUCCCCGUUUUUUUUCUUUCCAUUUUUUUUUUUUGUUUUCCGAAUAGCAAUUCCAUUGCUGGAAAAUUUCUAAAUUUGGAGGAUUCUGAAUUCCUGAUCUAAGAUCAGUUCAUUGGACUCGCGGUUUGUCGUCUUAGAAGAGGAAUCCUUCGAUAUCAUAAGGGGUGUGUGUGACUCCCUUCCUACUUAUCAAAACAGAUUUAUCAAAAUCGAUUUGGUUUGGGAUGCCCAGUGAGCUGUAAAGGAUAAUCUUUGAAGGAUCGAUUAUAAGGUUUUGUAUUUUCUCCAAGAACAAUGACACAACCAAAAUCAAAUGGAAUUGCAAAUUUUGAUGGAACAUUGAAGAUGUACUAGAUCAAUAUGGGCGAUUUCUGUUAUUCUUCGCCCAGUUUUAAUAAUAUUAAGAAUUGCUUUAGCCUUGGAAUUACCAGACAACCCUGAAAGAUGACUGCCUUGAUGAUAACCAUUCAAUGUUUUCCACAAUGAUUCUUCUUGAAAUAUUUCAAGAUCUAGUUUGAAAGUAUUAGCUUUGACAUGUAACCAUGCCUAUGUAAUUGUAUGAUUAUUGGUGUUGGAAUAAACUGAAUACUUACUUUGUUGAAGGAAACCAUUCACUUUUACUGAGUUUUGACUCUUUGAAUUGAAAUUGUCUUGCCUGCAUGAUUACUAAAAGAGCGAUGAAUACUUGCUUUGCAAAAUUAUAAACUUAGCUAACAGAUGCAAGUUCCAACUUUCAAGGUUAAAAAAUAUCCUGACUUGAUUUGAUUUUACUGAGCUAGUUUAAUUAUUUUAAUGAAGCAUGAUAUUGUUAUACUUAUAUCAGCUUAUUGAGUUUUCAUCUCUGGUAAGCAUACUCAAAAGUUAUCUUCUUUUGGACUGCAAUUAGUAAUAUGCCUUGCAAUCUGCCUCUCUUACUCAUCCUACCCCCUAGCCUUUUGCCACCCGUCCUCUGAGCUUUGCAUCCAUUUGUGUUGUAGCUUGGAUUAGCUGUUAGCUUCUCCUAAGCUCUUGAGUGAAAUUUGUCGUAUGCUGGCUCCAAUAUAUGUAAAUAAGCAAAUUGUCUUGGCAAAUGCUGUUAGAAUAGGCAGAGUGCAUGAUAGAAAGCCUACUUACAAUGUAUUCCUUGACAGGUAUUGUCCACAGUUCCUCCAUAUUGUCUCCCCUUAUCACGUAUCUUACAGCAGUCUAACAGUUGGCUGUAUCUUUUCCAGUGCUGCAGAUGGUCCAGAUUUACUGUCUAGAGAACUGGAAUUGGUUAGAAAUAUUGAUUUAGCCGUCAAAGAGGAAAGAUAUGACGAUGCAGCAAUGUGGAGAGACAAGCUAAUGAAACUUCGCAAUUCACAAGAUGAUCAUUAGUUGACCCUCAACAUAUGUCCACUCACCUUUAGGUGCUGGUUAGUUGGCUUAUAGGCAUUCUUUUUGGGAGUGCAAUGCUUGACCAAGGGUGUAAGGAUAAAUCGUUCUGUUUGGUGGCAGCCCUGAUUACUGCAGUUCAGAUGUAGUUUGACAUCUCCAGGGAUUUGUAGGAUAAACGCUUGCCAGAAUGGAAGCUGUGGAGUCCUUUGGCCUAGCAUUUCUUGGUAAUAAGGUAAUAUGCUAGGAACUAUAUUUGCAUAAUUUAAGAUGCUUGAAAGAGGACAUGUACAGAUUCAACUUAUGGUGAAGUUCCCUGGUUUGAAGCAUGAUUUGUUCAUAUAGCCAAAAUGUGAUAUAUAUUCAAUUUGCAUAUUGA